UCCGCGGCUGUUCUCACGUCCGGCCGCCCCGCGGGGGCCCGGAGCCCCCGUCUGGAGCGCCCCAGCACGCCCCCGAGCCAGCCCCCUCGGGGAGGGCCGCGAGAUCCCGGCCCAGUCCCGCAGGGCAGCGUCUCCUCCAGGGGCCCGGGCGCCGCGGCGGCGCAGCCCGGCCAGGCCCCAGUCCGCGACGGAGGCGGGCGGCCGCGUAUGCAAAUGGCCCACGGGCGGGGGCCGGCCACCUCCCCGCGCAGGAUAAGAGCGGGGCGGGCGGGGCCCGCGCAGAAGCCACCGCCUCCCGGGAGCCGGCCGUGCGCUCCGGCCCCGCGCUCACCCGCAGCCCGUCCGCGCGGCCCGCGGCUCCCGAAGAAGGAAGCAUGUCCGAGUUUUGGUUAAUUUCUGCCCCUGGCGAUAAGGAAAAUUUACAAGCUUUGGAGAGAAUGAACACUGUCACCUCCAAGUCCAACCUGUCUUAUAACACCAAAUUCUCCAUUCCUGACUUCAAGGUGGGGACCUUGGAUUCCCUUGUUGGUCUCUCUGAUGAGUUGGGGAAACUCGAUACCUUUGCUGAAAGCCUCAUAAAGAGAAUGGCUCAGAGUGUGGUAGAAGUCAUGGAAGACGCAAAGGGGAAGGUUCAGGAGAACCUCCUGGCCAACGGAGUUGACUUAACAUCCUUUGUGACCCACUUUGAAUGGGACAUGGCCAAAUACCCUGUGAAGCAGCCGCUGGUGGGUGUGGCGGACACUCUAACAAAGGUAAGAGGACAGCCUCUCCCGGGGGACAGCCCUGCCAGCUCAGCAGUUCUGGCCACCCAGGGGGCACACUCAGGCCCGCGCCCUCCCCAGGGAACAUCCCGAGCCUGCUUGCCCCCCUCCCAGGGCCUGUGUGUCGUGGGUGUGCCACAGGUCUGUGUGUCCCACAAGCCCAGGCCUGGACUUGCCUCCAUUUGUCUUUCUGCUGAUCGCAUCUGCUUUGUCCCACACGGAUUCAGGGGAAAUCUCUUCACCCGGACGCUGAGCGACAUUGUGAACAAAGAAGACUUCGUGCUGGACUCCGAGUAUCUCAUCACACUUCUGGUCAUUGUCCCUAAACAAAGCUACACACAAUGGCAAAAAACCUAUGAAUCCCUCUCGGACAUGGUGGUCCCUCGGUCGACCAAACUGAUUGCUGAGGACAGUGAGGGUGGCCUUUUCACAGUGACCCUGUUUCGCAAAGUGAUGGAUGAUUUCAAAACCAAAGCCAAAGAAAACAAGUUCACUGUCCGUGAAUUUUACUAUGAUGAAAAGGAAAUUAAAAGGGAAAGGGAAGAGAUGACCAGGUUGCUGUCUGAUAAGAAGCAACAGUAUCAAACUUCCUGUGUUGCUCUUAAAAAGGGAUCAUCCACCUUCCCGGACCACAAGGUUAAGGUAACCCCGCUAGGUAACCCUGAUAGGCCCGCUGCGGGGCAGCCGGACAGAGAGAGAGAGAGUGAGGGCGAGGGAGAGGGCCCACUGUUGCGCUGGCUCAAGGUGAACUUCAGCGAAGCCUUUAUUGCCUGGAUCCACAUCAAGGCGCUGAGGGUGUUUGUGGAGUCCGUGCUCAGGUAUGGACUUCCAGUGAAUUUCCAGGCAGUGCUUCUCCAGCCUCAUAAGAAGUCAUCCACCAAACGUUUGAGAGAGGUUCUCAACUCUGUCUUCAGACACCUGGAUGAAGUGGCAGCAGCAAGUAUACUGGAUGCAUCCGUGGAGAUCCCUGGAUUACAACUCAACAACCAAGACUAUUUUCCUUAUGUCUACUUCCACAUUGACCUUAGUCUUCUUGACUAGAAAGAGCUGGCUCCUGCAGAGGCUUCUUUUCAUUAGCCUGAGAACAGUUUUAAGUGUCCUACAGAAUUCAGACUUUUACAGAAAUUGCUCACAAGUCAGUUACAGUUGUAUUUAUUUUUUUUUAAGUUACAAUAAAGAAAUGCUCAGUCCUUUUCUCUCUUCGGUUAUAUUCUAACAAUUCAAAACUUCAAUUCUCUGAAUGUUUUAUAUAGAUGGUGACUGCCUAUGAAUUGGUAAUCUACUAAAUGUCUUAAUGGACAGUUUUGUGAGGCUAAGGAAUAACAUUAAAACGUUGAGCAGACUGUAUAACCAGCUAUGUCCCCUAGUAAGUCACUGGUGGUGGCCCGAAGACAAAAUACUGGGCAUGAAGUGCAGUUCUCAAUGACAGCCCGCCAUUUUCCAUUCUUCUCUAUCAACUUGCUUUACGUUGCACUUACAGAUGGAACCUGGCUCAGGACACAUGUAUAUCUGUGUUGUGGCAGGGAUCCGGAUGGUGUCACUGGAGUCACAGGUCUUUAGGAAGGAAAGACACCAGUCAUCCCUUCAUAGUACUAACUUACUGGCUAAACAUCUGACUCUGAAUUUGUGAGGUGGACACUAAUUUCAUACCUUUAUUAGCAUUGUCCAAAAUAUUUUAUUCUUUAAUGGAAAAAAGCCAUUAAUAUUCAAACAAAAGGAUCACAUUAAAAAACUUAUACAUUAAGAAACAGCCUCCAAGAACAUUCAAGCAGCAGUCAGAGGAAGGGGAAAAAAAUGUUUCAAUAGCUCAUCAGUUUUCUUCAAAAUAUUACUCGACAGACAACCCAAUUCCUUGGCUACAAUUCAUAGAAUUUUUCACUGUUUUCUUGAGAUGCAGAAGCUCACUGUUGCAGUGAUUUCAAAUGACCGAUCAAGUACUACUUGUUGGUGAGAAAGGCCACUGGUAGAUUCAUCUGAUUGUAAAGAAUGUUCCUUCACUGCUGGGAAAAUCUGCUCCCAAGAAAA